AUGGUGAGGAUGGCUGCCCUGAAUGGCGUGAUCUUGCUGUUGCACCUCGGCGUCAGCAUGGCGAUGGUGGAUGAGUCAGGUCGCUAUCAUGCUGGAUCGGGGAUGCCAGAUCUGUUGCCACCCGAGCCAUCGGCCACGGACAAAGCUGCCGCCAUCGACUUGAACAAGCAGCCAGUUGAGAAGGUUUUCCGGCUGCUUUACUUCGAGCUGACGAAGUUGGACAAGCAACAGCCAGAGCGAAGACUGCAUUUGCAAGAGUUUAACGUCAUGGCCAAGGAGCUCGACUGCCCCCAGCGCCUGGUGGCCAUGUCCCAGGAGUCCAAAGAUCUGGCGGAGAAUAUCAACAGCCUGCACUUGAACGCAACAGGCACUUCUGGAUUGUACUGGACUCUGCACAAAUAUCCCGAGGAGCACAGUUGGGCCUGGCUACUCAGCCAGACGCAGGACCGUGUGAUGCGGAAGGUCUGGCAAUACUUUGUUCGCUUACAGACGCUUACAGUUCCUGACGAGAAGAACUGCAUUUCUGCCGCCAUGCGCACAAUUCUGAUGCAGUCGAUCAUCACAUGGAAGAGGAUGCUCAGUGACCACGCAGCAUUGCUCUGGAACAGUGUUGCUUUUGGCAUUCUGGGAGAUGUCACUUCAUGGCGAGAGCUCGACGAGGACGGCCAGGCUGCAAACGAGCCAGGAGGGCCCCCUCCCAAUGUCAGCUGGUCAGAAAACCUCAUCUUCGGCAACAUGUAUGUUUCUUCCGUGCAGAAGUUCAUGGACUUCCACGCGAAGGAAGUGGAAGCGCAGCUACUCCAGGAGCUCAUGUUGGUCCGCAAAGCGGAGGAACUAAAUAUGAGGUAUGACUUCAGUGCCGGCGAGGAGCAUCGAUUUAGUAAGGAUGGCGUUUAUUCGUCUUUCGAGUACCUCCGCCGUCAGAGCUUCAAUGAGUGGCCCGUGGACAAGGGCCUCUUGCGUGGACUUUUACGACACAUCCUGAAACCUCGCUACGGUACUGCUCCCCGCGUGUCUGUGGGUGACUUCGGAGCUGGGGGUGGGCAGUACAGCCUGUGGCUGAAUGACACGGGGCUGGUUGAGGCUUUAGCUCUGGACGCUACGGAAGCCGUGUCCGACAUCACGGGUGGAUCGGUUUCACAGGUGGACUUGACGAAAGCUUCAUUAGACUUGGCACGCCGCUUCGACUGGAUCCUGUGCCUCGAUGUGGUCACACUGCUGCCGGAGGGAAAGGUGGUGCCGCUGCUGCAGAACAUUGGCCGGCACUUGGAGCAUGGAGGCCUCGUUCUGUCAUGGGGGCCAGGGGCUGAAGAGAACAAGCAGCCGGAAAAGGAGGAUCGUAUCAAGCUUGUGGAGAAGGAGGCACAUGUCAGCUUCGACCCAGAUGCAACGAGCAAGUUGAAGUCUGGGUGUGAAAUGCAGAGCUUCGUCAACGACCUCAUGGUCUUUCGCGCCAAAGCUUGA